AUGGUAGAAAGUGCAGCUGUUCGUGAUAUUACCGAUGCUUCUGUAUAUGAAGAAUAUGCACUUCCUAAAUUAUACAUCAAGCUACAUUAUUGCGUCUCCUGUGCAAUCCAUUCACAUGUUGUGAGGGUUAGAUCGCGUGAAGGACGUCGUAAUCGUGCUCCACCACCAAGAAUUCGCUAUAAUAAGUCGAUAAUAAUGAGUAAAAUUAUUACAACACCACCACUUGUUAAUCUCAACACAAACAACUCAACUCAAGAAGUUGAAAUACGUCUCCAUGAACCACUUCUUUUGAAAUCAUGUUCUCGAAAGAAGAGAAUAGGAAUUCAAAUAUUAAACGCGUUGUCGAGGUUAGAAGUCUUAUUGACUAAAGAAGAGUCACUUGCUAGUUCGAAUCAUGGUGUUCAGAACUUGACGCAGCAACAAUAUAAUGUAGCUGAAAUUGAGGCUGCUAUUAAUGUUUUGGAGUCAUCCUUCUUGCAAUUUGAGGAUGAUGGUAUACUUAAAAAAGACAUUCAGGCUCAUCUAGAGGAUUUAGAACUCGCUUCGCUUUUCCCAAAAUCAACAAAACGUUUAACGGUCAAAAAUAACCCAUCUAAAAAAAUUGAUGCCUUCGCUCAUUUUCAUGAAAUGAAUGUCCAUAAUCAAUUAGUUUCUAUUUCUCUACAAAUUCAACAAGACUUACAACUUACAGAUCACAAAUACAUGGCUCAUCAGAUUGCAUUAUUAUAUCGAUGUCUCAAUGAAGCUGGUGAACAAUUUAUCAAAUAUAAAUCACGAGUUGAAUUACAUUUCGAUGCAAUAAAAGCUUUAACCAACAGUUCAGAGGAACCUCGACUCACAUCCGAACAGAAAAAAUGGUUAUCAAAAUUAACAUCUGAUAUUGUGACGGAAACUUUGUUUAGUGGUCGGCCUGUGACUGUAAUGUCACAACCUUUGGCUGCUUAUUUGAAUCGGAUUGGAGAUAUGGUGGGACUUCCUGCCCGGGGAAAAACUUACAUUGCUCAAAAAGUUAGCCGUUACCUUAAAUGGCUUGGCGUAUCUACCAAAGUAUUUAAUGUCGGAAAUUAUCGACGCAAGCUUCAUGGUUCAAAUCAAACGCAUUCAUUUUUCGAUCCUAAUAAUGUAUUAGGUGAGAUUGCUCGUAAAGAAGCAGCUAUUGAAGCUCUUGAGGAUAUGAAAAAAUGGUUUUUAAAGGAGAAUGGUACGGUUGCUUUAUUUGAUGCAACCAAUUCAACUCGAGAUAGGCGUAAUUUUAUUUUGGAAUUUUGUAAGAAAUAUGAUAUUCAAGUCAUAUUUAUAGAGUCUAUAUGUCAAGAUGAAAAUAUUAUCUUGGAGAAUAUUAUGGAUGUAAAAUUAAGUUCUCCUGAUUAUAAGAAUAUGGAUCCUGAAAAGGCAGCAGAAGAUUUUCGUGCUAGAAUUUCUCAUUAUGAGCAAGCUUAUGAACCUAUUACAGAAAGUGAUUCCACUUAUAUAAAACUUAUUAAUGUUGGAAGUCAAGUAGUUAUCAAUAUGAUUCAAGGAUAUUUGCAAAGUCGAAUUGUGUUCUACCUUAUGAAUUUACAUAUUUUACCUAGAAAUAUUUUCUUUAGUAGGCAUGGUGAAAGCGUUUACAAUCUUAUGGGUAAAAUAGGAGGUGAUUCGGAUCUAUCACCUCGUGGCAAGAAAUACGCACUCGCAUUACCAAAACUUAUUAAAGAUAAUUUGGGUGAUCAACCUUUAACCGUAUGGACUUCAACAAUGAAACGCACAAUACAAACUAGUGAAUAUUUGCCCUAUCCAAAAUUACAAUGGAAGGCAUUGGAUGAAUUAGAUGCAAGUAGUUGUGAUGGGAUGACUUAUGAAGAAAUUGAGAAAAAAUAUCCUGAAGAUUAUGCUAAUCGAGAUGAAGACAAAUUUAAUUAUAGAUACCGUGGUGGUGAGUCCUAUCGAGAUGUUGUCUCUCGACUAGAACCAGUUAUAAUGGAACUUGAGAGACAACAAAAUAUCUUGAUAAUUGGCCAUCAAGCCAUUUUACGUUGCAUUUACGGAUAUUUUCAAAAUUUGUCUCAAGAAGACUUGCCUUAUAUAAAAAUUCCUCUUCACACUGUUAUAAAAUUGACACCUAAAGCAUAUAGCUGUGAAGAGGUUAGAUAUAAAGUUGAUAUUGAUGCUGUUGAUACUCACCGACCAAAGCCACCAGCUAAACCAAAACAGAAGGUCAAUGGUGGUGUGAAUUCUGAAAUUAAUCAAUGUUAG